ACUCUACAGCUUCCUUGUACAUUUCAGGUGCUUCUGCUUUGCCAGGGGCUAAUGCACUGGAGGCUGUUGAGCUUGAAACAGGAAAGCAGUGUAAGCAGACAGCACACUGUUAAAGGGACAGCAGCUCAUCAUCCGUAAAGUCAGCAGAGCCUGGAGGUGCUGGAAGCGGCACCAGAAUCUCUCCCAGCAGAACAUGCUCCCAGGAGGGAGGAGCAGCUUUUCCCUGCUGAGACAGGAGCCUCCGGCCAGAGAAUUCCACCAGCAUGUCAGCCCUGUCUUUAGCAGGCGGCACCUCUCCACUGCCCCUGCCCUGCUGACUUGGAUCUCCUCUGCUGAGCAUUGGGAAUGGCGGUGCCUGGAAACGAGGUGGUCCCUCGCCUUCGCCUCUCGUACAAAGCCCUGCUGAGAUCCAACAGCUCCCGCUUGUUGCUGGGCUCGGGGGAUGGGCUGGCCUUCCAGUCCUUCCUGGUGGAUGAGACCAGGGCGUGGCUGAUGGUGGGAUCCAAAAACCACAUUUUCCUGCUGCAUCUGGACAGGCCAAAUGAGGAGCCUCAGAAGGUUUUCUGGCCAGCCCGCAAGGAGCAGGUGGAGCGCUGCCGGCUCGCUGGGAAGAACGCAGAGACAGAAUGCGCCAAUUUCAUCCGGCUUCUCCAGCCGUUCAACAGGAGCCACGUGUUUGCCUGUGGGACUGGCUCCUACCAGCCCAUCUGUGCCUUCAUCCAGCUCGGAUCCAGGGCACAGGAGCCGGGGGGCUCCCCUAUACGGCUGGUGGCCAACUCCGUGGAAUCUGGGAGAGGCAAGUGUCCCUUCAGCCCCCACGAACCUUUCACUGGGCUACUCACAGACGGGGAGCUGUAUUCGGGCACCUCCAGCGACUUCAUGGGCAGCAGCGCCGCCUUCUUCCGGACCCGAGUUCACAAGGCUGCCCAGAACUACAUCCGGACAGAACAGAACCAAGAUCACUGGCUAAACGAGCCCGUGUUCAUCGGUGCCUACGUGAUUCCCGACACUCACAACGCCCACGAUGACAAGGUGUACGUCUUCCUCCGAGAGACGGCCCUGGAAGCCGGCCAGUGGGAGAGGCGGCGCAUCCAUGCCCGGGUGGCGCGCGUUUGCAAGAACGACGUCGGUGGGAAGCGCAGCCUGAUCAAUCGCUGGAGCACAUUCCUCAAGGCCCGGCUGGUCUGCUCCAUCCCAGGCCCCCAGGCCAGUGAGACACACUUCGACCAGCUCGAGGAUGUCUUCCUCCUCCGCACCCGGGACCCACAGAGCCCUCUCGUCUUCGGCCUCUUCACGGUCUCCAGCGGGAUCUUCAGUGGCUCUGCGGUGUGUGUCUACUCCAUGGCUGCCGUACGAGCUGCUUUCAGCGGGCCCUUCGCACACAAGGAAGGAGCUGACUACCACUGGGUGGAGUACAAGGGCCGGAUUCCCUACCCCCGCCCAGGGACAUGUCCCAGCGAAACAUACGACCCUCUUCUCCACUCCACCAAGGACUUCCCUGAUGACCUGAUAAGCUUCAUGCGCAACCACCAGCUGAUGUGGAGCCCUGUGUACCCCCUGGGCCGGAAGCCCAUCCUGGUGAGGGCCAAUGUGCCCUAUCGGCUCCGGCAGCUGCUGGUGGACAGGGUGGAGACGGAGUCUGGGCACUACGACGUUCUCUUUCUUGGAACAGAUGAAGGAAAAGUGCUGAAGGUGGGGCUCACCAGUGGGAGAGGCCAGGAUAGCGAGGAGAUCAGCCUGGAGGAAAUCAGUGUCUCUAAGGUGCCGUCUCCCAUCCUGGACAUGCAGUUCUCACCAAAGCGGCAGGAGCUGUUUGUGAGCAGCACCCAUGGGCUGGUCCAGCUCUCCCUGUACCGCUGCGAGCUCUACGGCAAAGACUGCGCUGACUGCUGCCUGGCCAGAGACCCCUACUGUACAUGGGACGGCAAGGGCUGCAGCCCCUACCGGCUGACUGAGAAGAGGCGAGCACGCUGCCAGGAUGCGCUGAAGGCUGACCCGGUCAGUCAGUGCCAGGACACCACAGCGGGGGUCACUGCAGCUGAGGAGAAACUGGUAUUUGGUGUGGAGAACAACUCGACCUUCCUCGAGUGCCUGGCACACUCUCCCCAAACUGCCAUUCGAUGGCUCGUGCAGCGCAGCAGGGAGGCAGCCCUGGAUGAGGUGAGGACCGGUGACCGCUUCUCUACCCUGGAGCAAGGGCUCCUGAUCCGCCAGCUGGCAAGAGAGGAUGCUGGGGUCUAUCAGUGCCAGGCAAUGGAGCGUGCCUUCUCCCGCCCCCUCACACACUACAGCCUUCGUGUCAUUGGUCACGAGGCCAUGGGGGCCAAACAGAGCAAGGGUGCCGAGGAAGGAGGUAGCCACCUGAGCGCCGUGCCCAAGCAGCUCCAGUACAAGGGCUACCCGCGGACCCUGGGGGCACCAGGCACCAGCUUGGACGAGUACUGCAAUGCGCUCCGGCACCAGGAGAGGCAGCGACAAAAGGCCUGGAACCCGAAGUGGCAGCAGCAUUCCUUGGAGAGCAAGAAGGGCCGAGCACGGAGGCAUCCCAACCCCCUGAAGCCAGCCAGAGCUGGGCUGAGACUAGUCUGAUCUCUGCACAGUGCCCUCUGUAGGGGGAGCAGGUCACUGAACCAGUCUCCAUUAGCCAGCCACGUCUCCAGAGCCAUUCUGAAUGCACAGCCCUGCACACAGGUGCAAGCUCAGCUCAGCCACUGCCAAGCUCUGCCUGCUGAGAGGCCCACAGACUCGUCAUGUACUACCUCAGCCGUGACACUGCCCUUUGCCAUCUCCUGGAGCCUGGGAUGGGCCAGCAGACAGUGCAGAUGCGCUCAGACACCCCCAGACCAAUGGGGCUGCUAAAUCCAAGAGGUGCUAGACCAGGGACUUUGCAGCCAUGGCCUGGAGCAAACUGUUUGGUUACUAGGCCGGCUGACAAAGACUGAUGUGACAUGAGGACUUUAAACUAUUUACAUACCAUGAAAUAUUUAUUCUCUGCAUUUUCCUUCUGUCAUUUUCUUAUUAUGCCUCUUGUUAUUAAUGAUAAAUACUGGAAAUUAAACAGAAGGGAAACCCA